GGUUAUUCAACUAUCUAGUUCUUAAAACUGAUGAUAAUAUUGACUGCAUCAGUUGAUAUUUGUUAAAAAUCUCUCCAUUCCAAAAUUUAAAAUUGGGCUGAUGACUGGAAGAAUAAGGGACAGUGGGAGGAAAAGAAUCGAGAAAUGGCCACGAUAAAGUGAGUAGGAAAAGGAGCUGAGAACUGGUAUUUACCAGGUUCAGCUUCCUAAUUAGAAUGUCAUUGAUACUGUCAGAAGGAAGGGCUGAUAAAUGGAAAAAGAGAGGUUGUCUAGACUGAGGCAGAUCACGACUGAAAUAUAGGAUUGCAGUUCUCGCCCUUCACUGGGAUAGGUCUCUGUUAACAAAUCUAUCUUGGUUUUGGGAGACCUGACUAUUUUUUAACACCACAUGCACAGUGAAUUGUGUUGAUUCCAUGUCAGCUAUAUAAGUUGCUAUGCUACAUGGACUCAUAUUCUUGUAUGUUGGGUUCAGGUAUGUGUCUAAGCUUCAGAUCCUUUUAAUAUCUAAGAAUUUCUUUUCAUGGAGUGUCAUACUCAUGUUCUUGUUUAAGUGUCAGGUGUGCAUAUCCUAGGCUAAAUAGAAGAGUGGGUGACAUAGGUGAGUAGAGAGACAUGGGCUGUUAUGUGCUGGUUUGGAUGAGCUGCUAGGUGUAAGACUGGUGAAUAUGGAAAGAGCUGGAGGAGAUUAAAGUCCAACCAGUGAGUCUGAGGAGUCUGAUGAUGAAAUGCAUACUCAAGCAACUGAAUCCCAUUUGUUGUACAAAAGAAGCAUGGAGGAAGGCAUUUUGUUUGAACUUGAACGUGAGCACCAGCUAAAAGUAAAGGCAGAAGUUAGGAGUAAGUUAGCUGAACUGGAAGCAUAUCAGAAGACUGAAAUUGAGAGAUCAGUUUCUGCCAUGGCUCAGGUUGAGAAAUAUACAGAAACAAGGCGGGAGAUGGAUAAAAGAUUAGACAAGCAAUACCAACGAAAGAUUGCAGAAGUACUUGAUAAACACUUAUCUGCCAUCCAAAGGGAUCACGAGCAAAGAUCCCAAAUCGAAGAACGGAGAAUAAGAGAUGAUGCAGCUCUUGAAGAAGCUAAAAGGAAGGAGAAAGCUCUUCAUGAGGAAAAAGUGCGUCAAGAAAGAGCUAAAGCAGAAGCAGAGGCUAAAAUGAAGGCUGAAAAAUUAGCUGAAGCACAAAAAAAAGCUUUAGAAGAUGCUGCUGAAAGGGCAGCUAAAGAAGCUGCGGAAAAGGAAGCUGCAAGAACUAGAGAGAAAGCUGCAGCUGAAGUUGCACAGAAAGGGGCUAUGGAGCAAAAAUGGGCAACUGGUGCAGAAACAACUAGUGAAGUAAAGGCUGGAAAUUUAAUAUCAAAGGAUGAGUGUACUAUUGUACCAAAAAAUGUGCAAUUGCCAGGGGUCAAAGUUCUGGCUGCUGAGGCUGCACUAAAAGUGGAGGCAAACAGACUAAAGAUAUACAAUGAAGUGGCCGAAAAAAUCCAUUUGCUUGCUCAAAAGGAUAUUGAUAGAUGUGAAAGACGGAUCACUAAGUAUGUAAACCAAAUAGCUGGAAUUAUAGAGAAUGUAAGAGCCAAGGCACAGGCGCUGAUAAAUGUAAUCAAGGAUCCUGCAUGCCCUCCUUCUAUCUCUAUCUUGUUAUUUUCAAAGAAGGUUGUCUCUUUAUGUGGAAACCCAGUUGGAAGUUUUGACCGCACUGCUUUUGCUUGUAGCCAUGUCAUUCUCCUUGUUACAUCACAGAUCCCAGUUACAAUGGAUUUUGUUCUGGCUGAGUUCCACAAAGCUUGCAUUUACACUGUUCCAAAGCAUCUGCAGAGUUCAAAUCCAGCACUGGGAACCAGAGAAUACUUGAAAAUGAUUGGUUACCGUGAAGAAGAUGGGAAGAUUGAAAGCUCUCAAAGUUACCUGAAUCGUGUCAGGUCUUAUAUGAAAUUAUAUGCUGCACUCAUUCAGACAGAGGUUGAAGGUAUCAGAAAUCCUCAUGGCCUAAAAGAAGGAUGGGCAUGGCUUGCAAUGUUUCUGAAUGCACUUCCUGCUAACGAAUACACUGCUGCUGCUUUGGAGUCCUUCCUAAAGAUGGCAGGCUUUGCUCUAUUUAGGAGAUACAAAUCUCAGUUUCUGAAGAUACUGGAUGUCAUCUCCCGUAGCUUUUUGCCUGCUCUGAAGAAACGAGAUCAAAACAAGGGCGAUAUUGCACUAGGACUUGAACAAUAUUUGGAUGAGAAAAUGUACUUGAAGGAGCCAGAAGGGUGGCGCCUUCAGACCACAUCGCUAUCAAGAGAGUGGAAAUGACCAGCAUCUCUCACCACCUUCGAAGAUGUUCUCAAGGUAUAUGACUUAAAAUAACCGGAAUUGUGGUGCCUACAAACCUCAGAACUGUCGAGAGAGCAUAAGCAGGACUGACAUUGUAUUCGAAGAUGUUAUUAUAAAUCUUGCACCGUUCAGGCAAUUUUUUUAUUAAAAUGCUGAGAUGAAAUCUGGCUUUGUAUGAAUACUUGCAAACCUUUUACAAAAGCAGGUAAUCAUGUCCCUUUUUUUUUCCA